ACUUAAUCAUUUCUAUAGCAUUUCUGUAACACCUUCGAACACCUUUUCUUAACUUAGCAAAAUUGUAUGUGUAUUUAAACUGAACCUUUGUUAUUUUUUAUAAAGCAAAAAAAAAGCACUAAAAGAAACGAAAAGCAUACAAAAAACGAAUGAACAUGUCUUCGGUUCAGGACCAAAUCGCCAACAAUGCACCGGCGGUCGGACAUCGAGUCCGCGCCCCCAGGAGGAGGUUCACCCAUCCACCUCCAGUGGUGGGAAUUUUUGAGGGAGCGUAUCUCAACCACGACCCUCGGUUCGUUAUCCCCUGGGAUGCCCGCGACGAGAGAGAGAUUCGAGAUAUAAGCGAGGAAGUAACCAGAUUCCUGGAGCGCCGCUUGCGUGAUGAGGUGGCCAAUAGGAAUCGCCUGGCCGCUGAGCGUUUGGGCAGAGCGGCAGCGUGUCCUUCGCGAAGGAGCCCCCACACCAUGCCGCGCUCUGGCGCCGAGGAGGAGGAGACUCAGCCGUUUCUGUAUCAGGCCUUGGAGGCCCUCGCCAGGGAGCAGAAGAGGCUGGAGGGCCAGGGAGUCCACGACGCCGAUGCCAGACUCAAUCCAUCGGAGUUCGUGGCCGAGUACCUGGCCCAGAACAUGAGCUCCGAGGUCUUCCACGACGGAAAUAGGCCACGCUAUGGCCCCUCAGCCGGCAGCCGCCCGCGCAAUCUGCGGCCCUCGCCGAGGAGGAGCACCUAAGACGGCUCACGUCUUGGCCCCCACAUGACAUAUGAUGUGAUGCCCGUACGAAUCGUGUGGUACACUCUCCAGAAGUUUGUAUUUCGGAAAUCUCCCGUCGAUCGAUAUCGUUCCAAGCCCUUUGAAUUACUCUUUAACUGUGAUCCACAUGAAAUCCAAGUAAAUCCAA